AUGAUGUUUUUGUCGCAUGGAGCUGGUGUCAAUUUUGUAAACACGUGGACAGGAAACGUCCUUAAUGACCCUACUAAUGACAAGCACACUUUAAGCGUGACGUCCUUGAUAUCAACGGGGAAUUUCCGGAGUGCCAACGUAGAUUCCUGGACAUCACUCAACGCUCCUGUGGAAGUCAAGCUGACAGCCUACAACAACCAGGGUGAUGAACUUUGGGAUAUUGUGUUUGAUGGGAAUGGCUGUGGCUCCAACAUGGACUGCUGGAUGGUACCGGAGUCUGUUCCUGGACUUACCCUAAUCGCGUUUGAAGGAUGUUUUUCCCUAAGUAUAUUUAGUGCUACCCUCCUAUACCAGGACAUAACUGGCAUGUCAGUCUCAGCCUGCCAGGCAUUAUGUGUACCGCCUUACGAUCUUGUCAUUUUAGAGAUUCAGAUAAAAUGCUACUGUGCUGUCCAAGGAAGUUUGGUACUACCCAACCCCUUUCCCGACAGUGCAUGUGAUAAAGCUUGUCCAGGUGACUCAUCACAGUGGUGUGGUGAUCUCAGCACCAUUGGGGCAGUGUACACAUAUUCAACAUCAGCAUCAUCGACUACAGUUCCCACGUACUCAGAGGUCGAAGGCCUAGUAGUAAUUCCGUCAACAUUGAUGUCAGGGCACAACGAAAUGAGAGUGGAUGUGACUAGCUAUUUAGGGGACGCCUCAAAUGCUGGUUUCAUUACUGGUUUAUCAGUAUCGUUAUCUCUUUCAAGUACCUAUACAUUAGACUACAGCAGUCUACCAUGCUCAUCAAACAGCAGAAACACACUGGACCCAGCUGUAGGCUUAACUAUGCCGUUCCCUAGCGACGGGACAAUUGUUUCGACGGGAAUUUUGGAAGUGAGAUGUCUGUGGUUCAUUUUCUCAAGUCCGGCUAUCAGCUCAAUACCAAGCCAUGUCAACCUUUACUACCAGAAUGAGACGAAGUUUAUUAGCGCUCCAUAUUUAGCAGUGCAUGUCGUUCAUGCAGUAGAAACAACAACAACAGCAGCGGCAACAACAACAACUACCACAGCUCUUCCAACCACCACCACAACCACAACAUCAACAACAACUAAAACCCCGACAACAACUACAACAGAAGUACCAUCAACAACUACUACAACAGAAGUACCAACAACAACUACAACAUCAGGCAGUAAAUGUAAGUGUGGCCAUACAACGGGGGAUUCAGUAGACCUACCAGGACAGUGUGGGGGAGGAUGCGCGGGAAACAAUGCCCAGGUGUGUGGAACAACGGACGGGUUUCUAAUCGCUUAUGCCACAGGAAGUGUUCCAGGAACUACGCCGCAAACCGGUGUGUCGUACGAUGGUGUCCCAAAGUCAACGAUGUCAACUGUAUUCCAUAGUACUGUGACGAAAGCUAUAUCGGCGGGAGAUUUGAACACAACUUUUUACCCGACGGACGGAACAAGGGUUGACCUCGAUGUCCUACCAAUAUGGAACAUCACAUUUGCGUUUUCCUCAACUCCAAUUGAUGGACAGGCUUUGAUAAACCUAUAUACAGUUGGAGAUGACGACUUUGUAAGUGGCCAUUUGUUCACCAUCAAGAGCUUCAAGUCAAUCGAGUUAACUACACAAGCUGAAGGAACAACGACAGCAGCAGCACUACCAACAACAAGUGCAACUGAAACAACAACGGGCGAAACAUCAACUGCAGAAAUAACAACACAUGUUGAAGAAACAUCUUCAGUAGAAAUGACAACCCAAAGAGACACAACAUCAGUGGAAGCAACAAACUCUGUGACAACAUCAGUGGAAACAACAAACUCUGAGACAACAUCAGUGGAAACAACAAACUCUGAGACGACAUCAGUGGAAACAACAACUUUAGUAGGUAUAGAAUCCUCAGUAGGAACAGACACAACAGCCGUUGUAUCAACAACAGAUCAGGGCACAGUAAAUGUGACAGCUAGUUUAUGUGAAUGCAUUUGUGUAACUUCAAUUGUAAAUAUGACUUCUGAAGAAUUAAAUGAAGCACUACAAGAAUUAAAGGAAGAGCUAACAGUGUCCAAAACCGAACUUUCAUCUUAUAAACGGAAGUUGAUCAGUGCGCCUGACAGUCGACAGUCCGCAGCUAAUUUAGGGGCCUGA